AUGGGGGCGAUUUCUUGUCACUCUGCAGUUCCUUCGAACAAAGCGUUUCUCUCCUCCUCAUCUUCUGCUUUGUUCGCUACUCAUAUCUCUCGACCCUCCCGCUUCUCGGCCGUAUCGGUGCCGUCUCGAGCUAUUCGUGGAAGAAUCUCGUGCCAGACUACCUUAUCCUCUGCCACUCCUUCACCUCCUCCUCCAUCUUCCGUCAACGGACCAGCAAAAGCAGGGAUGAAGGAUUUUCUUCACAUCAGUGAUUUUGACAAAGCCACUGUUAUGAAGAUCUUAGACCGGGCUAUAGAAGUCAAGGCGCUGUUAAAAUCUGGAGACAGGACAUUCCUUCCAUUUAAAGGGAAAACAAUGGCUAUGAUCUUUGCUAAGCCAUCCAUGAGGACACGAGUUUCAUUUGAGACUGGAUUCGUUUUGCUUGGAGGUCAUGCUAUAUAUUUAGGGCCUGAUGAUAUUCAGAUGGGUAAACGAGAGGAAACUCGUGAUGUUGCUCGUGUUUUGUCACGCUAUAAUGAUAUAAUUAUGGCACGUGUUUUUGCUCAUCAGGACAUCCUAGAUCUGGCAAAAUAUGCAACAGUACCUGUUAUUAAUGGCCUGACUGACUAUAACCAUCCUUGCCAAAUAAUAGCUGAUGCCCUCACAAUAAUUGAACAUGUUGGGCGGUUGGAAGGAACUAAGGUUGUAUAUGUUGGGGAUGGGAAUAACAUUGUGCACUCUUGGCUUCUGUUGGCAGCUGUGAUUCCUUUCCACUUUGUCUGCGCUUGCCCUAAAGGUUUUGAACCAGAUGCAAAAACCAUACAGAAGGCACAACAGGCUGGAAUCAGCCAGAUUGAGAUUACUAAUGACCCACAGGAAGCCGUUAGAGGAGCUGAUGUUGUGUAUUCUGAUGUGUGGGCCAGCAUGGGGCAAAAGGAAGAGGCUGCACAACGUCGCCAAGUAUUUCAAGGAUUUCAGGUGGAUGAAUAUCUGAUGAAGUUGGCUGGCCCAAAAGCUUAUUUCAUGCACUGUUUACCAGCUGAAAGGGGUGUCGAGGUCACUGAUGGUGUCAUUGAAGCUCCAAACUCUGUUGUCUUUCCGCAAGCUGAGAAUCGCAUGCAUGCACAGAACGCUAUAAUGCUACAUGUGCUUGGUUUGUGA